GCUAGGAUACCGCGGGCCGUUACGCCGGCGCGGACUGAUGACGUAGACACCGCUUCCGGCUUCUGGCUGUGCUCCCUCCCGGGCCAGCAUGAGCCACUGGGCCCGCGGCGCCUCGCCUGGAAGAGCCCACUCACCCUGGACCAGUCCCCCGGCAGCUUCAGCCCGUCCUUGAGGAGGAUGUUUGAGACAGUAUGGGCCACGCGCUUUGUGUCUGCUCUCGGGGAACGGUCAUCAUUGACAAUAAGCGUUACCUCUUCGUCCAGAAACUGGGGGAGGGUGGGUUCAGCUAUGUGGACCUAGUGGAGGGGUUACAUGAUGGACACUUCUACGCCCUGAAGCGAAUCCUGUGUCAUGAGCAGCAGGACCGAGAGGAGGCGCAGCGGGAAGCAGACAUGCAUCGCCUCUUCCAUCACCCCAACAUCCUGCGCCUCGUCGCUUACUGCCUGAGGGAGCGAGAUGCUAAGCACGAGGCCUGGCUGCUGCUGCCCUUCUUUAAGAGAGGGACGCUGUGGGCUGAGAUAGAGAGGCUCAAGGACAAAGGCAACUUCCUGACUGAGGAUGAAAUCCUGCGGCUGCUGCUGGGCAUCUGCAGAGGCCUGGAGGCCAUUCAUGCCAAGGGCUAUGCCCACAGGGACCUGAAACCCACCAACAUCUUGCUUGGCGAUGAGGGACAGCCAGUGUUAAUGGAUUUGGGUUCCAUGAAUCAAGCAUGCAUCCAUGUGGAGGGCUCCCGCCAGGCCCUGACCCUGCAAGACUGGGCAGCCCAGCGGUGCACCAUCUCCUACCGGGCCCCGGAGCUCUUCUCCGUGCGGAGUCACUGUGUUAUCGACGAGCGGACUGAUGUCUGGUCCCUAGGCUGUGUGCUCUAUGCCAUGAUGUUUGGGGAAGGCCCUUAUGACAUGGUGUUCCAGAAGGGUGACAGUGUGGCCCUGGCUGUGCAGAACCAACUCAGCAUCCCACAGAGCCCCAGGCAUUCCCCGGCACUGCGGCAGCUGCUGGCCUCCAUGAUGACUGUGGACCCCCAGCAGCGCCCUCACAUUCCGCUCCUCCUCAGUCAGCUGGAGGCAUUGCAGCCCUCAGCUCCGGGCCAGCACACGACCCAGAUCUGAACAAAGCAGUGGCCGCACUGAGAAGGUGGUCCUUGUACCUCGGGAGGAGGCUCCCAGCCCUCACUGGACUCUCCAUCCAUUCGAUCCAGGACUGCUCUUGUACAGUGAUCUCCAUCUCACCUCUUCUGCUGUCUGAAUGCCACCAAGGGGCCUGACUGUGCGGGUGGGGCGGAGGUUGGAGAGGGAAACAGAGAAUGCACUACGUGGGUCUGAGCGUGACUACCGAGUUCACAUCAUGUUCUGCCUCCAGAUCUGGGAGCAGGAGAAUGUAUAAACAAAAGAAUAAAGUGAAAGCAGGUUGGCGUA